AUGGCCCGCACCAAGCAGACUGCACGCAAGUCCACCGGUGGCAAAGCGCCGCGCAAGCAGCUUGCCACUAAGGCGGCUCGGAAAAGCGCGCCGGCCACCGGCGGCGUGAAGAAACCUCAUCGCUACCGUCCCGGCACCGUGGCUCUGCGCGAGAUUCGCCGCUACCAGAAGUCGACUGAGCUGCUGAUCCGAAAGUUGCCUUUCCAACGCCUGGUGCGAGAAAUCGCUCAGGACUUCAAGACAGAUCUGCGCUUUCAGAGUUCCGCGGACACCAACCUGUGUGCCAUCCAUGCUAAGCGAGUGACUAUCAUGCCCAAGGACAUUCAGCUCGCUCGCCGCAUUCGUGGGGAGAGAGCGUAG